GGAGGAAAAGGAAGCGGCCGGAAGACACGAAGUGCAGACAAGGACAAACGAAGCAAGGAUGCGGCGGAUGGCAGCAGCGGUGGUGAUGGAGCAAUUGACGAUGUACCGGAGGAGGAUGAGAUUGAAGAUGAUCUCAAUACAGACGACGAGAUACUGAACGCAUCCAUAACCAUCAGCUCGAAUUCGAAUGUGUCGACAACGGAGAAGCUUCUCUAGCAUCAGGGGUCGGACGCAGGUAGCGUCGAUCACUUAGUUACCAGCGUCACGAUGGCCACCGCCAAUACAGCUGUUCCCGCUGCCAGCACAUCCAUGCUGCCUCACGAUAGCAAUAGCCACAACAACAGUCUUAACAAUAGUAAACGAAGCAACAGCUCCGCUCGCAGCAGCGGAAACACAAAGGCCACAGUUCACAUCAACGGAAUCGCGGUCGAUCACUUCCAACAGAACUCGGACGUCGACGAGGACCGGUCCUCGUUGGCGGCCUGUAAAAAUAACGACAUCCAAGGAUUUAUCUCAUAUUCCAGCGAUAGCAGCAUGAUUGAACUGAACCUAAAGUUCAAAAAGUGUGCUUGCAAUGAAAACAUAAUUAAUAUUUCCAAAGAAAAUCUCCAACAGCAGCAGAAACAGACAAAACAACGAAACUCGGAAUCAUCGUUGGCCAUCACUUCCAGCCUUCCUUCUGCAGAUGGGCCACUGUUUGCAUCAGCGACAAGAAACGAGGGAGCUUCCGUAGUUGCCGUCACAGCCUCCACACCGUUCAGCAAAGAAGGUAAAAGUAAGAAAUUACUACAGUUAAACAAAGACAAUUUGAAUAGUUUAGUAAAUAAACUGAAUGAUACGAAUAGCUCAUCCUCAUCUUGUACAAAGUGUAGAUUAUCGUUAGAUAUAAACAAUAUUUUAAAUCAAAUCGUAAGUGAUGGGAAACUUAAAUAUACAGACCAGGAUGAAGUAAAAGAAGAGAGCCCGCAGGUGGUCGUUUCCAAUGGCACCGAUCACCCCACGGCAGAACAGUGCAAUCGAAAUUUAACGGUAGUAAAUAAGCUCGGUAGCCCUUCCAAAGCAGCCAGUUGGUCCCCUUUGCUUCCUUCUCCUUGUUCCCAUUCCCCAUCCCCAAGCGUUUGUACGGACGAUCCGAGUCGACUUCAGCGACGUCACAGCGAAAACGUGGAACGACGUUCCAUUGGUAUUCAGCACGGGCUGAAAUCGGGCUUCCGCAAGAAACAUCCGCUCCGGAAGGGCAAAACUCAAGUAGAGGAAAUCAUCGUCAUAUCCGACGAGUUUCGAAGACAAUCAAUUUCUGAUCAGAAGAUCCGAAUUCAAAGGGCAAAGAAAUUCUCUCAAUCGAUGGAAAGUAUCGAUAAGCAAGUGGAUGAAAAGUCUGGGAAAAUAGGUGGAGGGGUGUUUGAAUGUCUCCACCUGGAAGACGACACGUUGACGGUGGUUGUCGACUCGAAUGGGCAUAAGAAGUCCAAAUCUAAAUCCGUUGACGACAUUUCGCUUAGCUCCAAUCACAACGAGGAUGAAUUUCCCCCUGUUGGGCCGCUCUCUAACGCUGCUAACAGUGUGGAGCUGGUUUUUAUCUCUGACGAAUUUGUCCAGCGUAAAACCCGAACCAGCUCCGACGUUAUAAUCGUUGAUGGGAACAAGAAAAGUCUUAAGCGGAGAAAAUCCACUUCUAAGAACCUGAUCAUCAUAAGCGAUGACUACAAGGAGAAAUCGUCCACCGCGCAGAGCGACGUGAAAAUUGUCAAGAGCAGUUCACUGAAAUCGAAAGAUUCCCGCCGCAAAACGACUGUUUCCAAUUCCAACAGCUUUCUGACUUACGAGGAACCAUUUUCGCCGGAAACGUUGGAGAGCAAAGACAUAGGGACAAUGUUUGCCGAGGCGAGUGCCGCUACCACUGCGACAGAUGCUACCCUGAAUGCAUCCAAGUAGGAUGGACUCAAAUUGCACAAAAAUAGUCACAAGUUUCAAUUGUUGCACAAUAUUGACUUCCGGGUAAUUGGCACAUUUAUUUCAAAGCAAUUCAAUUCUCAUAAUCAUGCACAAAAUGUGAAGCUGGAUUUUUAUAUCCACUCAAUUGACAAACAUGCAAAUCAUGCUUCAGCUUAAUUUGACUAAUUUGUAUAACGGGUUGUUAUUUAUAUGUUUAUCUUUUAACUAUGUAGUUGUUUUAUUACAUACUCUUUAUACGGUUUUAAUUGAUAUUUUUAUAGUAAUGUUUUUUUCUCGAAAAAAUCUUUUUCUGCGAUAUGAAUGGAAAACACUGUCUCUUAUAUGCUGCGAUGUUUCUAGUUUAAUCGAAGCUGAAAUUAAAUAUUUUAGCAUUUUUCGGAAUACAAAAGAUGGCCACUUACUAACAAUAUCUAUUCCACACCUCUUGUAUUCGCAUAUCCAAUUAACCUUGUGAUCAAAGAAGUUACUUGCCAACAUGGUGUUGGUGAGUUCGAUUGUAUUACAUCCCUCAACCGUGGCAUUUCCUUCUUGCAGUUUAGUGUUCAUAAUAGGGCUGUGCACAAUAGAGGUUUAUCGAUAUCGACGAUAUUCAUUUGGUGAUAUAUCGGUAUCGGCGAUAUAUCGGGUUUGAAAAUAUCGGAUAUCGGAUCGAUAUCCGAUAAAAUAAAAAAAAUACAGUUUUUGCCCGAGUUUGUCUACUAUCGAUUUUCUAAUCGAGUUUCUAACUCUAAUUUGUCACUCCAAAACCAUUUGAAAAUUUUAGUCGCUCUUAUUCAAAGGCCGCAAACGACAAUAAUUUUCAUGAAAUAACUUUCACCGCCUGUGGUUUAUUAUUUGUAUUAAUGGGUACUGAUGCGCCCAAUUUCUCAACACCAGACACAAUGGACAUUUAAAAAAUUUGAUUGGUUUGCUACAUAUGUUUUAAAGGAUGUAGUCAGUGAGCCAGUGUAUGUAGUUGAUUUAAUUGGGCAUCGUCAUUACAUCGAUUACAAAAAAUUAUCGAUAUCGGCGAUAUCUGAGUUCAAUGAUAUCGGAUAUCGUAUCGAUAAAUUUCAUCCGAUAAUAUCGAUAUUAUCGAUUUUAUCGAUAUUUGCACAGCCCUAGUUCAUAAGGCACUUCCAAUGCUAUUAAUUACAAGGUGUCUGUGCCAAAAACUACCACUCAUGCAUUCAUAAUACACUUCGUAAGUGGCUGCACUUCUGGCGCACUGGAUCUACGUUGUUUAAAUAUUCUCAGUAGUAAAACAGAGAAAUACUGCUAAUAUGUUAAUUCAAAAUGGAAGCGCGUUAUUCAGAAUAAACAAUAGAUCCAUUGAUAAAUAAUUUUCAUUCAAAAUAGUUUUUUUUAAAUAAAGGAUGUACUGUCAAAAUAAAUAAAAAGUUCUAAUUCGUAUUAGAAAAUCAAUGUUUGGAAAAGUCAAAAUCCAAUUAGUAAAAGGAUUGGCUAUGAAUAAGUUGUCCAGUUUAGCAAAUAAAUCAAAGAACUUUAUCCAAACAGCGAUACUGGCUGAAGAAAACCAAGGCAGUGACUGAUUUAGCUAUUUACAUAAAAAUACUAAAAAAAACCUUUUAAUCCACCAACACAUAUAUUAGCAAUUAAUGGAUUUCUUUUUGAUAAAAAAAAUCUCGAUAAGCACACAACAAAAACUGAAUAGAAGUUAACAUAUAAUACACACAUCAGCACCUAAAAACAAAACUAACCUGAAACUGAUCAGAAUACAGCAUGUUCCUGCACGAUCUUCCUCCAAUAAAUUGACUUUCCAACAAUUAGCACACUACCCAUACUCUUUCUGAACAUCAUUAGCUUUUGAAACGAGUUCCUCUAAAUCUGACACCAAUAUUGUUUUUUCCACCUCUAUUGCAGAUCUGAUCUGAAUUCACCUUAUUGCCGUCCCAUGUAGCACAAACAACUAAAAGUAAAACUAUAAUAACAAGCAUAUAGCUGUUGUAAUUAGGCAGAUUGACGACAUUCAUUUGCCAGUAGUCACAUAUUGAUAACAAGAGAAUAUUUAUACAAUAUUCCUACUUCUCCUAACCCGGAUGCUUCCUACUAAAAUAAUUACAAAAUACUACUUUGAGAUCGCAUUUUACCAAACGUGGAAGAGGAAACCACACUAGAACCCCUUAUUCACGACCGUAGUAUAUUAGAAAUUACGUGACCGCUUCCCUUUGAGUGAAUGAUUUUGCAUUCCUUUCCAACAACUAAAGUUCGUGAUCGUUGUGUUUUUCUAUGUUGCGUGUGCAUAUUUCCGUUUUUUGAGAAAAAUAUACUGCAUUUAUCUGUCGUAUGCACAUUAGAGAAGAAUGUGUUACUAUACCCUAGUUCCUGUGCAAUCCCAUCGUGUGAAUACUGACUGCUGUCUCUCCAAACUUCCUUUCGCGAAAAGUCUUCUAUUUAUUUUAAAAUAUAUAAAAGUGGAAAGUUUAGGUUAAACCAUAGCGUUGCUGUUUCCCAUUGCAAGCAGUUAUACAAGAUCGAACACUCUACUGUAGAUGAGAGAAUAAUCUUAACGAACGCACUCGUACAACCAAGGACUGCAUAAAGAUGUAAUGUAAUCAAACUUAAUAAGUGACUGUACUGUAAAAGUAGAACACAGAUGGAAGCAUCUUUUUUGUCAUGAUUUUGGAUUUUCGAAUCUAUUAUACAUAACCGAGAUAGACGAAUCUAGGUUUAGCGACUGAGAGGUGGACAAACAAGUAACAGUGGAUGCUGUCUUUGCGUCCGAUAGGAAAAUUUUAUGAAAAGUAUGUAACACGUCUACUAUAGUAAAAACAUAACAAGCAAGCAAGCAAAAAUUAACUCCCUAAGGUGUUAAGUUUAUAACUAGCCGUGAAAAGACUUCAUCCAAUUACUCUGUGGCACCUGAUGAACUGGGAAACCUAAAAUGUUCAUUUUUGUCAUUAGAGCGAUACUGUCCCAAUUGUGAAUCCCAAACAUUAUGAAAAUGCAAAGGAACGAAUGAUGGAAAUGCCGUGUCUCAUUAUGUUUCUCUAGUUUUUGUGGCGUUCGAAUAUUAUUGAUUUUAGUAAUAUUAGUCCGUAAAAUGUGGUGUAAAAAUUAUGUCAAAAGUAAACCUUAUAUUAGCGAAUCAUCAUAAUUGUCAACAUGGAAACAGCAAAGAAGAUUGUUUUUUAAGUUUAUUUCCCCAUUUAUUAGUCCAAGUGAAUAAUCCCGAAACCAGAUUAUUAUUACGAUUAUUUACAUGGUAAAGAAAUAGUAUAUAUUAGUUGUCAGUUGUCAUAAAAUUAUACAAAGUAAAGUGGAAGAAAUAAUUAUAAAAAAAGGAAAUUAUAUGAACCCAACUGUUGAGUAAAACCCAAAUAAAA